CCCCGCGAAGACGGGACGAAGGAAGGCAGCUGGCAGGCGGGCAAGCGGAGCUGCCCACUCAGUCAGCCUUCCUUCCUUCCUUCUCCCCGAGACCAGUUUGGAACGCAGCGACCCGCGCGGCGCCGACUCUCCCUCCCUCCCUCCGCCAUGGGGCUCCCUCUGCUGCUGGGGCUGCUGCUCUCCCGAGCCGGAGGCCUCCUUGUUCUGCCCCUUGAACAGUCAAACAACUGCAUAACAGCUGAGAACCUUUGUGUGGCUGACCCUGCCUGCAAUGCCACUUAUCAGACCCUGCAAAACUGUUCUCUGUCCCUUGCUAAGAGUAGUUCCUUACUUCUACACCAUGAACUGAGAAACAGAUGCCGAGAGGCAGAAACAAUUAUUAGAAACAGUUAUUUUCGGGAAUGCAAGUGUCACCGACGUGAACGAAAGCAGAAACGGUGCCUGCGUAUCUACUGGACUGUUCAUCGUACUUCAGUGCAAGCUGACUUUUCUUUGGCGACGUCUCCAUAUGAAGAUAUAGCAAAUGAAGAGCUUUCAGAGACCAAGUAUGACAAGAUGUACAACAAGUACCAAGUUUCAGGCUCACAAAUAGCUGCAGAUAGCACAAAUCCCUGCCUGCAAGCCACUAACAUUUGCCAGCUGGACCACAAGUGCAUGCGUUUGCGCUCACGUUAUGCCAAGAUCUGCAGUGCAGAGUACCCCUGUGAUCAGCGCAAAUGCCACCAAGGACUGAGGCUCUUCUUUGAGAGGGUCAGUUUGGGUUUCACCAAGAGGCUCCUCUUCUGCCCUUGUCAAGAUGAGGUUUGUGGAGAGCGACGCUGGAACACCAUUGUCCCGGAAUGCUCUUUCCAGAGCAGCAGCAAACCAAACUGCCUCCUCCUGCUGAACUCAUGCCUGAAGGACAAUAUUUGCAAAUCCCGGCUGGCUGACUUCCAAGAACAAUGCAAGCCUUCAGCAGCGUCCUUAGAUGGCUGCUCUCAGCACAACCAUGCUGCAUGCUUGGAGGCUUACUUGGGGAUGAUUGGUACACUCAUGACCCCCAAUUUCAUCAGCAAUUCCAGUGCUGAAAUCACGCUGUGGUGCUCCUGCAAGAACAGUGGCAAUCAGAAGGAGGAAUGUGACCAAAUUCUCAGCUCCUUUGCCAACAACAGAUGCCUCAAAAGUGCAAUCCAGUCUCAGACGAGUCUGAACCAGAUGAUCACAGAGGGUCAGGAGCAACUGCAAUAUACAUCUUCUGUAAACAUCCAGGGAGAUGGCACCAGCACAAUUCUUACUGCAAAUGUGCAUUGGGAAACUGAAGAGAAGACACAACCAGAGGUUCUUAUGCACAAUCAAGUAUCAGUUGCAAAUUCUGUAUAUUCUGGAGCUCAGCUUUCCUCGCUCACUUUGGCCUUGACACUGCUCCUUCUAUUACUCAGUCCACCUUAACUUAAUAUGACUGGCCUUGUGCUUUUCAUUUAUUUCCAUGAGAAGGGAAAUUGGAUUGCUUCAUGCUACAGAGGAAGCACUGAUGACUGCAAGCCUCUCCCCAAUGUGCACCCUUCUGCCAAGAACUCUCAUCUGUUUCACUCGCUUUUCUAUACAACAUAGCCCUUGGAGGCUGGUUCUCUUUUCAGUGCCCCAAGAGUCGGGGACAGGCAGUCAGAUUGGAGUUUUUAGGGAGCUAUUUUUAAAAACUGAAAUCAGAGUAAAUGUUUUUAGUGUGAUGCAAGAUGACUUGGUUUUGAAAGGAGAGGAGUCUGAUAAUCUGUAGUAUAGCAAGUGAAAUGCUAUUUCUGGCUUCAGAUUGCCACAAAAUCUGGAUCAUCUGCUUUCCAAUGGCUUUCAAGACCCUGUUGUACAAUUGUCUGGUUCUUUAAACAUACAAAACAAAGGUGGCCUGAAGUAAGGACCUGAAGGAAGUGAUGCGGAAAUGUAGCCUCUGAACUUGGUCUCUUUCUGCCCAAACUAUCUGCAUCUGUUACUGCUCAUGAGAAAUUUAAGACAUCUAGACUGGGCUUCCGUAUUCAUCUCAGUGACAUAAAUUGUUCUUGUCCAAUAUUGUAUGAACCUUCCAGACCUUCCUGAGAAUCAGCCUGUAGGCUUGCUGAGACUUUACACACUACAGUUCCCUGAGAACAUCAAAUCUUGUUUGCCCAAAGCCACAGAGCAAAGACCUUCCCCAUGUGGGAUAAUCUAGUGUCCCUUCAUGUGUCUUUCUGUACAUUCUGUGGUACAAGAUACUUAUCCAUAAACUAAUAACUUUCGAUGUACAGAUUUGUGUGGCAUUAACUGCUGUUCUUUUGUGCUGCAGUGGUACGUUGUUAAUUCUAGGUACAGAUAGAGAUGUGAAGGCUUGGGGGAACAGAAAUUUCAGGAGGAAAACAUUUUUCCGAUUCUUUCUGUCGUCGUCCGCCACCCAUUUUUCUUGUUUUUUCCCCAGCCUUCACAUCUCCAGGUUCAGAUAAAUAAUUCACAGCCAUUUCAUGUGACCACUAUCUUGUUGGCUGGCUUUGGAAGAGGUAGCAACCUAACCCUAGCAACUCCUCUGUGUUUGGUGGCUGUAGAAGAUGCAAUAUGUAUUGCAUCCCUUUUCUUGCCCAUUCCCCCAAAGGAUAUGAUGAUGUGUUUGCCAAAGUUGACUGUCAUGUGUUCAAGGCCCAGGGCUCCAUCACAUUCAGUAGUGACAGUAAUCCCUCUGUGAAUUCUAGCAUGGUUUGCAUUUUUCUCAUCUCGGCAUGGGCUUCUUCUAACUCUUGCCCAGUGAAGGGGGACUUUAUACUGCCCAACAGUAAACUCUGAUCUUAUUUCUAUGUGGAUUUAGUGCUGACUUGGUAUCAACCAGUAAAGUAUGAUUUGCUUAGACCUGCCAAUCCAUUCUACAAUAGUAACAGUGUUUAUUAUUCCACCUCCUUAAUGAAGGCAAUUACGAAAGGAUUUGCUUGUUGCAUUUAAAUGUUCUGUCUGUAGUUGUUGUGACUGUACAAAUAAGUCUGGAAGCAUGGCUUCUUAAAAUAUAAAAGUCAAGGAAUAUUAAAAUGUUACAGUAAAAGCUCCUGGACAUUUUUUAAAAAAUAAUUGGGUUUGGCAAGAUAGUAUUAGCACAGAAUAUGGAUUGGCCCCAGGCAUUGGAAGUGUUGUGGAAAUUCAGACUUUUGGAGAGGCUUAGAAUCCAUGGAGCAUGUCCUGCAACGUUCCCUAGGGUAGGCAAGUCUGAAAUGGAAAAAUCAUGGGAAGUUAAACUCUGUGGGUAAGUGCAUUAUUAAAGGAUUUUUUAAAAAAAUUCUCAACUCUUGUUUUCCAUGCUAGUUCAGUUAUAUCCCUUUUAUGCAGACACUGCACUCAAUGUGGAUUCACCACAGAUGUAAAUAAAAUAGAAUAAUAACAGAGGCCAUAGCUAGAUGGGGUGAAAUCCCAGAGUGAUCCCUGGGAUCGUCCCUGUGCAUCCACGUGACGCACAGGGGAUCCCGGGAUCAGGGAGGUAUGAUCCCUCCCAUGCCCCAGAUCUCGCCCUAUCCUUUAGGCCCAGUGUGGCUGAGUGCUGCAGUUUGUCCCGGCUCCUCGUGGUUACUCAUGAGGAGCCGGAGCCACUCACAGGGCACAGAGCUCCUCAGGAGCUCUGCACCCAUCGGGGGUGGGGUGGGGUGAGCAGGGAAAGUAAUUGGUUUUUUAAAAAAAUCACUUACCUUUUGUGCACGAGUGUUCAUGCGCUGCUGUCCCUUCAACACAAAAAAAUGGCGGGUGCAACACCUCUCCAUCUGAGGUCACGCAUGCUGCGUGUGAACAGAGGGGGAGAUCUCACGAUUAAAAAAUCGUGAGAUCUUCAGCCCUCCUGCCCGCUAGACUGGUAGGUCUAGCUAAGGCCUAAGUUAAAUUACUAAGGGCUUAUCUACACCAAGCAGGAUAUUCCACUAUGAAAGCGAUAUAUAAAAGGCAGGAGCCACACUACUGCUUUAUAGCGGUAUUGAAGUUCACUGACAACUGUUAGGGCACAUUGACACAUACCAUAUACUGCUUUCAUACUACUAUAUGCUGCUUGGUGUGGCUCCUGCCUUUUAUAUACCACUUUCAUAGUGGAAUAUCCUGCUUGGUGUAGAUGAGCCCAAAGUUAAAGUUCAGCAGUUGUAGAGUUCAGAAGCAUGCUCACUUAAGAUUUCACUGGCACAAUCCACUUCAUGGCAGGUUCUGCAUCCAUGUACAGAAGGAGAGACCUUAUUACACCUUUGUUUUCUUCCCCUUCCCCUGUUAGGAUGGAUGGGUGCCUCCUUAGGUCCAUUCAUCCUCAUCCAGGUCUCUUUCUGUCAUCCCAAUACAAAUGACUUGUGUUCCACAGCACAAGUUACUUGCACGGGGAUGGGUGUUGAAUGGAAAUAGGGAGGUAUGCAUAGACACACUUCCUUCACUCCGGUGGCCCCUUGCACUGCCUAUGUUCAUGUGUAGGUGGAGCAAAUAGUGUUCACUGCACCUGCAGCAGACUGGAUCAUGUCCCAAAUGUCUCUGUUUCUAGUACAUCCCACUGAAAUUGUGUUUCCAGUAGCUGGAAACUUCUGUAGCUGAAGUGUUGAGUCUCUGCCAACUUGUUUCAAUGUUGUGGCACUAUUUCAUACUGCUGACAUAAUUAUUACAAUUGUAUUUCAUAUAUAUUGAGUACAUCAGCAACUCCCAUGCCUCUGCUGAAAAAGAAACUGCAGGCCAAUAGAAAUACCUAAAAUAUUAUCAAGUGUCUUCAAUAUACAAUCUAGGUUUCUUGGCAAACAGAGGAAGUGGGAGUAUUCAGAGCUGCUGUAAUGUAAAUUCCAAUACCUUACAAAUGUGAUUCAGCCCAUAAUAUCCAAAAUAAAGUUUACAUUGUAA